AUGUCCCAGCAGCCUCUGCCACAACAAACUCUCCAUCAACUGUGUCUCCAACAUCAGCUGCUUCAAGCAUUUUCUUACACUCAAAAUAAAGUUUCUAUUUUUUUAAUAUAUUAUCUAAAUAUUUCAGCAUCUACUGUCAGUACAAGCUCUUCUAUAACUGAGACUCAAACAGCAGAACCUACAACAUCUCCUGCCAGUACAAGCUCAUCUACAACUGAGACUCAAACAGCAGCACCUACAACCUCUGCUACAACAAACUCUUCAUCAACUGUGUCUGCAACAUCAGCUCCAUCAACAUCCCCUGCCAGUACAAGCUUUUCUACAACUGAGUUUCAAACAGUUGAACCUACAAGCUCUGCCACAACAAACUCUCCAUCAACUGUGUCUCCAACAUCAGCUGCUUCAACAGCUUCUGCCACAUCAAACUCUCCAUCAACUGUGUCUCCAACAUCAGCUCCUUCAACACUCACUGCCAGUGCAAGCUCUUCUACAACUGAAUCUCAAACAGCAGAACCUACAACCUCUGCCACAACAAACUCUCCAUCAACUGUGUCUCCAACAUCAGCUCCUUCAACAUCUCCUGCCAGUACAAGCACUUUUACAACCGAGUCUCAAACAGCAGAACCUACAACAGCCUCUGCCACAACAAACUCUCCAUCAACUGUGUCUCCAACAUCAGCUGCUUCAACAUCUCCUGUCAGUACAAGCUCUUCCACAACUGAGUCUCAAACAGCAGAACCUACAAGUAAGUAA